GCUAAGCAAUCAAAAUAUUGCAACAAAACUCUUUAUAUUUUUUUUCUGUUUAAGUCACCCAAUAUGGGAUGCACUUUCGAAGAACUUCAAAAGGGAGAUGGUCAAACUUUUCCAAAAGCUGGCCAAACUGUAGUUGUGCAUUAUAAAGGUAUGUUAACAGAUGGCAAAGUUUUCGAUUGCUCAACAGACAGAAAUCAACCUUUCCGCUUUGUACUUGGGAAAAACCAGGUUAUCAAAGGCUGGGAGGAUAAUAUUAAAAAGAUGAGUAUAGGACAAAAAAUCAAACUCACAUGUCCCCCAGAGUUUGCUUAUGGAAAACGCGGAUUUCCGGGAGUAUAUCCUUUACAAAAUUUGAUUUAUUUCAAAACCAUUUAA